AUGACCCAGACCGUUGUAAUUAUUGGCGGAGGUCCUAGUGGCUUGGUCACUCUGAAGACCUUGCUUGAGAAUAGGAGGGAAGAAUAUCCUUUUGAGCCAAUACUGUUCGAGCAAGAAGACGAUAUUGGCGGGACCUUCCGGUAUCGCUCUUACGAGAAUUCCAACCUCGUCUCUUCAAAGCAAUUGACAUGCUUCUCUGACUUCCGCAUGCCUCUCACACAUCCGGACCAUCUCACUCUAGAAGAAUACGUGCAAUAUUUGCGAGACUACUGCGACAACUUCGACCUAUGGCACAAGAUACACGUGCGCUCACGCGUCGUCAAUAUAGCCCGAAACCCUGCCGGCGGACACAUAGUGUCGUACAUAGGUCAAGACACAGACGGCAAAUGGGAUCCAAACUCCCUCAAAGUCAUCCACGCGGCAUACGUCGCCGUCUGCUCUGGCCUGCACGUUCUCCCUGAGAUUCCAAAGAUACCUGGAAUCGAGCACGUCCUUGAGCCGAAGCCAGGUCGGCCACAGCCAGCCGUCUACCACUCGCACGAGUACAAGUCGCGGGAUCAGCUUGCAGGGAGACGAGUGAUGAUACUGGGAACUGGUGAGACUGGUAUGGACCUGGCGUAUGAAGCGGCGAAAGCUGGUGCGGAGGAGGUCGUUCUGUGUUCUCGUGCAGGGUUCCUAUCGUUCCCCAAGGCCCUGAAUGACUUCGAGUUGUUUGGGUUCAAGUUCGACUCUCCGACGCCUAUCCCUAUUGACUCGCUCAUCACAAACCUUGCUGAGACCGCCUACGUCCACCCUUGGGUAGCGGCAUCGCACAUACGGUGGUUUAUCUCGGACUUCGUCAUCAAGCGCGUGCUUUGGCUGCUUACAGGUACCCAGGCGGGUUGUAACCAGUGGGUGGGCGAACUGGAACCCGAACGCCUGGGACGAGCGUAUGUCUUCCUCAACAAGUCCCACAAAGCUAUGCCCUACAUAAACCGCCCGUACCGCAAGCGCUCCAAAUACCUCGACUACCUCUCCCGCUACAUUGACCCGCCCGAGGACUCCCCGCCCGCCACGAACUUCACCGUCGACCUCGCGCCCUUCCCCGAGCGCUUCCUGCCUAAUGGGCGUGCAAUAUUCCCAUACCUGCCUCACCGAAAAGACUCGGUAAGGAUGGCGGACAGAGACGUGCGCCCGGACACGGUGAUCUUCGCGACGGGGUAUCGGCAGGAGUUCAAGUUCUUCGACAAGGAGGGCGGGUAUGCAACCGCAGGGGACGCGGAUGUGAGGAAUGUGGUGAAGGAGGGGGAUGAGUCGGUGGCGUUUAUUGGGUUUGUGAGGCCGGGCGUGGGUGCCAUCCCGCCCAUCGCCGAGAUGCAGGUCUUCUUCUGGAUCUCGCUCAUCAAGGGGCAGGUGCGCAAGCCCCUCCCGCCACCGCACUACCACUUGCUCGUCAAGGACACGGCGCGCAUCAAGUACGGCGUCGACCACUCGACGUAUAUGAGCACGCUGGCCAAGGAUAUCGGGGCUGCGCCUGGCCUCUUGGAGCUCUGGAGGGAGUAUGGCAUGCAUGUGCUUAUUUGUUACUGCUUUGGCGCCGCAUUCACGUCCUUCUAUCGUCUUGUAGGCCCUUACAAGUCGGCUACGGCGCCAGGCGUCAUCAAGACGGAGAUUUGGGACACGAUCACCAGGAGAGGGUUGCUGGGAAACUUCUUCAUGGGCUUGAUUCCGAUGGUGUUCUACUUGACGAUCAACGCCAUGGCUUUCGUGCUAGGGACAAUGUGGAAGGCACUGGGUGGGCGUGUCGAAUGA